GUACACAACUAAACGCCGCAAUGUAACGGAGUCCCCGACUACCCCAGUGGAUUGAUGAAAUCAAACCCAAAUCGAAGGAGCCGUCAAGUUUAACCGGCGUUAAGCCGCGACCCUAUAAAUAUAUGUACUCAUUCGUCUGCCUCUUUCCUCAUUCGUUUGCCUCUUUCCACCUGGACAAUUACGGAUCCAAGCCUAUAGCUUCGACUACCGAACCUAUCAACGUCCAAGAUCGAUUUUGUGAUCUCAACGGUCACGAUUCACUCUGCUACGAAACCGCCCCUUAAUUUGCUUGGGCCAGGGAUGUACGGAAAGAAGAGUGUGUCAUAGCCAAAGAAAGAAAGGAGAUUCGCUAGAAGUUUAGCUCAUUUUCCGCUUCGAACACUGUGUUAGGGUUUUUAGGGUUUGGCUUUUGUGCUCUGAGGAGAUGGCGGACCAUCAGAAGGAGGAAUCGGUGGGGGAGUCGUUGAUGGAUAAGAUAUCGGAGAAAAUUCACAGUCACGAUUCGUCGUCGUCAUCUGAUUCCGAUAACGACGAGAAAUCAAAGUCGCCUCCAUCAUCCAUCAAAUCGAAGAUUCAUCGCAUCUUUGGCCGUGAAAAGCCCGUCCACAAGGUCCUUGGUGGCGGCAAACCUGCUGACAUUUUCCUCUGGAGGAAUAAGAAGAUUUCAGGAGGAAUUCUUGGUGGUGCAACUGCUGUUUGGGUCUUGUUUGAAUUGAUCGAAUAUCAUCUUCUCACUUUGGUUUGCCAUGGCUUGAUACUUGCUCUUGCAAUACUGUUCUUGUGGUCGAAUGCCUCCACCUUCAUCAACAAGAGCCCACCACGGAUUCCAGAAAUUCAUAUCCCUGAGGAGCCUGUUCUUCAGGUAGCUGCUGCACUUAGGAUUGAGAUCAAUCGGGCUUUUUCUGUCCUUCGGGAUAUUGCAUCGGGAAGGGAUCUGAAGAAGUUCCUCUCUGUUAUAGCUGGCUUGUGGAUCUUGUCUAUCGUGGGGAGGUGGUGCAAUUUCCUAACCUUGUUCUAUAUCGUUUUUGUACUGUUGCACACAGUUCCUGUUUUCUAUGAGAAGUAUGAUGAUAAGAUAGAUGCAUUUGCUGAGAAGGCAAUGAUCGAAAUCAAGAAGCAGUAUGCUGUACUAGAUUCCAAGGUUUUAAGUAAGAUUCCCAGGGGGCCAUUGAAGGAUAAGAAGAAGGUUUAGAGGAAUUUAUAUGCCUGUCACUGUGUUUGCACACAAUUGGUAGCGCUUGUUUUUUUUUUUUUUUUUUUGGGUGAAGUUGUGAAACUCUGUCCAGUAUAUUGUAGAACCCUGUUCUUCCUUUUGGUUCUAGUUUGUUGGGUUCACAAUGUGGAUUAAUGUGGAAUUUUUAUACUGUCUUUUGUGAAUCAUUGUGACAUUUAUUACAUACUAAGUAGCACUUGUAAAUUGGUUUUGAA